AUGGCCGAAGCCCUGCUGUUUGUAACACAGGAUGACUUCACCUGCUCAAUCUGUGUGGAGACCCUGACUGACCCCAUUGCCAUCCCGUGUGGUGACAGUUUUUGUAUGCAGUGCCUCACUGACUACUGGGAUCUAAGACAAGAGUGCAGAUGUCCUCAGUGCAGAAGGACCUUCACUACGAGGCCUGAGCUGCACAUAAACACAGUGCUGAAUGACGUGGUGAAGAAAAUAAAGAAGCAGACACUCAGUCCUCUUCUGUAUCCGAGUGAUGACGGCCCUGGAGACUUGGAGUGUGACAUCUGUACUAGGAAGACGUCCAGAGCAGUGAAGUCCUGUCUGACCUGCAUGGUCUCCUACUGUCAGUUUCACCUGCAGCCCCACUUUGAAAUAGCGGCCUUGAAGCACCACAAGCUGACUGAUCCAGUUAGAAAUCUGAAGGAGGAGAUCUGUGCGAAACAUCAGAAGAGUCUGGAGAUAUUCUGUAAAACUGAUGAGACGUGCAUCUGUGUGAUGUGUGUGGUGAAUGAACACAAUGGGCAUAGAAUGGCGGAACUGGAGAGAGAGAGAGAGGAACAACAGAAAGAGCUGGGGGCGAUACAUAGAGACAUCAGGAGGAGAGUCAAGAAGAGCAAGAAGAAACAAAAGAAGAUAAGGGGGGCGGUGAAGCAGAUGAAGAUCUCUCUGGACAAUGAAGUGGUGGAACAUAAGAAAAGCUUUACUGAUCUGAUUUGCGGUCUUGAAGAAACCCAAGAGAAACUGAUUGAGAAGUUCAGAGAACAAAAAAAGAUAGAAAUGGAGAAGGCUGAAGAAGUCAUGGAGAAACUCGAGGGGGAGAUCAAGGAGCUGGAGUGUAAAGGUGCUGAGCUGAAGGAGCUUUCGCAGACCAAAGACCACAUCCGCUUCCUGCAGACCUUCUCAUCUCGCCGUUUCCUUCCUGCUGAAGGAGACUCGCUCAGCUUCAAUGUCACUGUGAACUUGUCUUCUGAGCACCUGAGAAAGGAGCUGUCAUGUAUGAAGAAGAGCCUGGAAAAGAGUCUGGAAAAGAUCAGCCAGUGGGACAUCACGACAUUGACGUCAGGUCAUGAAAUUCCAAUUUUCUCCUUCCAGACUCCUGAGCCUCGGAGAAGAGCGGAGUUUUUAAAAUCAUUCAGAAAAAUGGCUGACAAGUACCAAGUAUCGGGGAAACUCGCUGAUGGCAGCUGUACCACAGAAGAAUCAUCACAUGCCAGUAAGGCAGAUGGCAACACAGCUCCAGUGUCUCAUGUUAAAGCAGAAGUCAACGAUGUGAAGAUGCUGGUGAUCGUCUGUGUUCUCCUACUGUCCAGCCUCAUAUUAUUUUCUGUUUACUAUUCCAUAACAUUAAAUCACAUAGAGGAAGACUUGGAGAGGUUAAGAAAUGCAAAUUCCAUCUUGACCAGUAACAUUGAACUUUUGGAGGCUCAAGCUACCCCACAGUCCCAAUGCGAAAGAAACAACAAUGAUCUGCAGAAAACACUCGAUAACGGAAAGUCUAAAAGGAAAAGAAACUUCAGUGAUCUUCAAAAAAGACGAGAAACCCUGCUGUCUCAGUACACAACUCUGAAGGAGAAACUUGAUGAACUAACCAAAGUGUUCAGUAAUCUGAAGGAAUACUACUGUGAUGUUACAAACAUGUCUCACUCUCUUAUCAUUGGAGUUAACGUGCGAUAUUGGAUUGAGCGAUAUGACGUCAGUAAAGAAAACACAACUACCGUGAUAGACACAGGACCUGUAAAAUCCAAAAGGUAA